UUUAUCUUAUUUUAUACAUUUUAGAAAUUCCUUGUGGCAAUUGCAUUUUGUGCUGGAAUCCUUGUAGUUGUAAGCAAUGCAUCCUGCAUGAGUGGUGAUACAAAAGUGAAACCUGGUACAGAGCCUAAAGGUUGUUACUUUAGAAAAAAGAUGUAUCAACUCAAUAGUCAGUGGCGGACAAAAGAUUGCUUUGACUGUUCAUGUGAUUCUAAUGGAAAAUUCAAAUGCUGCACAGCUUACGGUAAACCAGUAAACUAUGAUAAGGAGAGAUGCAAAUUCGUGUUUGACCGGAAAAACUGUGUCUACAACCUGAUUCCAAAUGAAGAUCCAACCAAACAGUGUGAAUCUUACGGAAUGGUGGGCUGAACAUAUUGUCUGCAAUGUCUACCUCAGUACUUAUCUCUAUAAAAGACGAUGGUCAAAUGUAUUUACCAUCAGCAAGUUAAACGGGUUGUCCCACAAAAAAUAUUUUGUAAUUGCAUGUAAUUCAAAAUUUUGGAUGAGUUAUUUAAUAAAAUGUAUCUGGAUAGUGCCA